AUAGUAAUUAAGUUUAACAUGGAUAUAUGCAGCCAGAGGUAGAACUGACAAUGGGGUUAUUAACGGAUCCUACGGCAGGAUCUGGAAAAAUAAUAAAAUUUUUAUUGAAACGAGAACGACCACUUUGUUUCUUGUUAUAUAUUAGCGGCAUUGUUUGGAUAUUACUUCUUGCUUUACCCAUAUUCAACGAUAAUACCUAUUUCUCUGAAAAUGCUUUAUUGCCAGGAUUGGUUACGAAAGAAAGUAACUUGGCGCAAACAGCAAAACAGUAUUAUAUACAUCUAAUCCAUGAAAUGAAACGAUAUCCCGAUGUAAUGCCAUAUGCUUGGUUAGCUGCUAAAUUAAAUCAGCUUCAUUUGGAUGUUUUUACACAUAAUUUCACAUUAGUAUAUCCUUUUCAAGAACAACAGUUUACAGGCCAAAAUAUAUAUGGUAUUAUGAGAGCUCCAAGAGCAGCUAGUACAGAAGCAAUUGUAGUUAGCGUCCCUUUUAGACCAAUUAACAGUAUUUAUUUGGAUACUGCACCUUCUAUUGCUCUUCUUCUUGCAUUUGCUAAAUUUUGUAGAAAACAGAAAUACUGGGCAAAGGAUAUUGUAUUCCUAAUAACAGAACAUGAACAAUUAGGAAUACAAGCGUGGUUGGAUGCAUAUCAUGGAGUUACUAGUGGUAACGAAGGUAUACUUGUAUCUGGAGAUCUUCCUGGUCGUGCUGGCUCCAUUCAAACUGCUAUUAAUUUGGAAUUACAUUCAAUGAAGAUUACAUCUAUUGAUGUUAAAGUAGAAGGAUUAAAUGGUCGAUUACCCAAUUUAGAUCUUUUUAAUUUGGCACAAAAUAUGAUAGCCAAGGAAGGAAUUCGACAAUCAUUUCAAAGACGUUUUGAUGUUAAAUAUAAAAAUAAAUUUAACUAUUGGUGGUAUCAUUUCAAUACACUUCUGAUGAUGAUUACAAGUCAAGCUACUGGAAUUCCAACAGGAAAUCAUGGACUUUUCCAUAGGUUCGGUAUUGAAGCGAUUACUUUGGAAGGUUUUGAAAAGCCUGGUCAACAAAAUUCUAAUGGAAAUUUUUAUCAAAUUGGUCGUAUUGUAGAAAGUAUAGUACGAUCGUUAAAUAAUUUAUUAGAACGUUUUCAUCAAUCUUAUUUUUUUUAUCUGCUUCCAUCAACAGAUACUUAUAUUUCUAUUGGACUUUAUAUAAGAUCUUUAGUCUUAAUUAUUGCUGGGAUAUUUGUAAAAGCAUUUUCUAUUUGGCAAAGGCUUCAAGUAUCCACUUCUGUAGAAAAUAAGAAAAAUACCGUUAUUAAACAGUCAAAGGAUGAUGGAUUUGACAUUGGCGUUAUUAUGUCAGAAAUAUUAUGGAGCCAUAUUUGUGGUGUUGUAAUUGCAACAUCCCCAUUCCCACUUACUUAUUUUGGUAAAAAAGUAAAUUCUCAUACAGAAGACUCUAUAUAUUUUGGUUUUGUUGCAAUAACUAUCUUAACAUUAAUAUGGCCAUUUUAUUCUAGAAGGCAAAUGAAAUAUAAAAAUGCAGCUUUAGUUUGUGUGAUUGCACUAGUAGAGUUGGGUACUGUAUUAAUGUGCAUAGCAAUGCAUAAUUUUUCUUUGGCACUUCUGACUGCUGUAAUUUAUGUACCUUUUGUAUUUGUUCUACCAAUAACACCAAAACAAAAUCUCACCAAAUCACGCAAAAUGCUUUCUUUUAUGUGGGUUUUUCUACAUCCAUUUAUGAUUGCAAGUUUAUUCAUAAUGUGUUACACAUACAUGUACUUUUUUUCUGAUUCCCUCCCCUCAAUUUUAUUUCGAGGAUAUCGUGCUACAAAGCAAGCAUUUGUUUUUAGUAUCAUGGAUUCAAUGAUUUAUGGGAAUUGGUUAUAUAAUGUAACAGUUUCCACAAUGUUUCCUAUUUGGUUUAUAUUUUGGAACAUUUUAUGUUUUAAUAUAGUAUGAAUAUGUGUAAAUAGUUCUUUUUAUAAUAAAAAUUAUAAUUAUGGUAA